CACCAGAGCAGCAACUCAGCCUCUGUCUGAUAUGAACUAGUCCUACGUGGAGAGAAUGGAUCAUGUUGAGAUUUCACACAGUAAAUGGAUUCUAUGACUAAUGGCUGACUGUGCUCUGUAGGACUCUUUGGUUUCAAACAUUUUCAAAAUCCACUGGUGAAGGUGUGUCUGGCUGUGCUGUUACUACUACGGCAUGCGGGAUGGGCCAAACGCGCUCGGAUCUAUCGCGCAGCAGCAGCAGCAGCGGCGGCACCACCUCCGGAGCCAAGAGGGAAGCAGGCGAGACAACCCAGCGACUCCGUGUCCGCACAUCCAGGAGCGGGGAGAAGCGACGCGGGCACCGGUCAAACAGGAAUCCGAUGAAAAAUAAAGUGCUGUCGUGUCUGGGAAGGAGAAAGCGAGACCAGACGGAGGCGGCGUUCGGUUGCGGAAACGGAGCCGAGGCAGCGACGCGCCGCGAUCACAGGGUGGGAAAGUUGCCGAGGGACGAGGUCGUGUCGGCGGGUGGGGGGCACCGAGCCGCCCCGGGUUGUUUCGAGGCACCGUCCGGCCUAGAUGAGAACGCCCGGCGCGUCGUGAGCGGAGAGAGGGCAGCGGCGGGCUCGUCCGAUGCGUCAGACCUGGAGAGGCGGCGCGGUGAAGUCAGCAGUGCGGGCGGAGAGGUUCAGAAAUCCGUGCGGGAGGACAAUGCCUCGGAUCCCCCGGCGAGGGCCAUGGAAGAUCAGCCACUGGGGGGGAACAUCCACGCUCGUUUCGUGUCUGGUGUUCGGGUAUUGACGGAGACGAGUGUGACCGCAGCCUCUGACCCAGACACUUUGUUUAGCAUUAUCCCGGAUCAACCUUUGGAUCGUGGACUUUCGCUAACGGAGGCUAAAAUGACUAAAACCGACCGUAACACAGUAUCGUGUCCGCCCACAGCGGCCGGCGACCAGAACAACUGCGUGGUUGAAAGUGAGACCCGCACGGACUCGGAUCAGGGCCCCUUCACCCCCCCAGAGGCCCCGAGUUUCCCGGGAACCAUACCGAAACUCAUCAUAACCAGAGACCCCAGCCCUGCCCGCUAUGAGGGGAGUCCCCCGGCCCUGCUGAGCUUCUCCGCGGAGCUCAGCUCGAGUCUCGAGCCUCACGCCGAGGUCGAGUCCCCUUGCUCGGACAGCGGCUGCGGGGGGUCCCCGGCUCUGAUGCGCUCCCCGAGGAAGCUGUCCAACUCGUCCUCAGUGUGCCUGUCCUCUGCGUCUUCCUUCGAGGAGUCAGAGGACGACUUCACCGGCAGCGACAUCGAGUCCAGUCUGUCUCCGGCCCGGUCUCUGUGCAGCCCGGACGAUGGGACAGGGAAUAAGUCCUGGCAGAAGCUGAAGACGAUGGUUCACUGGUCCCCCUUCGUUGUGUCUUUCAAGAAGCGUUACCCAUGGGUGCAGCUCGCUGGCCAUGCAGGUAACUUCCAGGCGGGGGAGUACGGACGUUUGUUGAAACGAUACUGUGAGUGUGAGCACCAGUGUCUACAGAAGCUGAUGAAGGACACUCUGCGGCCAUAUGUGCCUGGUUACUACGGCGUUGUGCAGCGAGAUGAGCAGGACUAUAACCUGAUGGAUGACCUGCUGGCUGACUUUGACUCGCCCUCCAUCAUGGAUUGUAAGAUGGGCAGCAGGACAUACUUGGAAGAGGAGCUGAUAAAAGCCAGAGAGCGUCCACGUCUGCGGAAGGACAUGUACGAGAAGAUGGUCGCGGUGGACCCCGGGGCCCCUACAGAGCAGGAGAGGGCCCAGCAGGGCAUCCUCAAGCCCAGAUACAUGCAGUGGAGGGAGACGCUCAGCUCGACGGCCACUCUGGGAUUCCGCAUCGAAGGCAUUAAGAGAGCUGAUGGAACCUGUAACACCAACUUUAAGAAGACAAAGCACAGAGAGCAGGUGAUGCAGGCCCUGAGGGACUUUGUCGACGGCAACACUCAGAUUCUGAAACUCUACCUGCAGCGGCUGGAGGAGCUCCGCUCAGUCCUCGAGCAGUCACACUUCUUCAGGACUCACGAGGUCGUCGGCAGCUCUCUGCUGUUUGUGCACGAUGCCUCUGGGAAGGCCCGGGUGUGGAUGAUCGACUUCGGGAAGACGGUCCCCCUGCCAGACCCCCAGACUCUCGACCACAGGACCCCCUGGGUGGAGGGCAACAGGGAGGAUGGCUACCUGUGGGGACUGGACAACCUCAUAGACAUUUUCAGCAGCAUGCUUCCUCAGAUGCCUUGAGAGGGAGAAGCAGGAGACUGGAGUAAAACAUUGAUCCGAAUCCAAAAGGUGGAAGAGAUGCAUGAUCAGGGGAAUCUCAAAAACUGACAGUGGAAAGAUUAGAAGAGUAUUUCAACCCCCUAUUUGAUCGGAGUGUUUUUAUCCACAUGGACCUGUUAAAGAAGAGGAGGUCGAACAAGGACAGGAUUUCUAUUGCAGAGUGGAACAUGCUAAACGCCAAUCUCACGCAACAAGCUCCAUCUGUGGAGGAGGAGGGAGGAGAAUUCAACGCAGACUUGUAACAAGUGUCACUGGAACUGUGAGAAUACAGAAUUCAUGGACCUGACACUUCCUGCAAAGACACACUCAACAUUACUCAUCUCCCACCUCAGCAGCCCCCCCUGCUGGUUGGAAUUGCACAGAGUGCUCAGUUUGAUCCUUUUUUUUGGUAACGGGGAGCUUUAUUAUUGUCAUGGACCACUUUUGUUGUUUAAACACUAAAAACACUGGUCAGACCACGUGUUAACUAACUUGGCGUGUAAAUACAACUUUAUUUAAACUUUUUUUGGUCUUGGUAUAACCUCUUAACCUUGUACGAUUUCUGUGCCUGGCAUUUUGUAAAGUACGAGCUGUUUGAUCAUUCCAGUGCAGUAGCUCCUGCUGUUUUUCUUCCAAAGAGUUCACCCCAAGUAUAAACUGAUUUACAUUUAAUCACAACGUUUAACUUCUAGUAGAAACUCAUAUUUUCUUAUUUGGAUUUUUGAGUGAUUAUGCAGUGAAAGGUGUUUUUUCUCCAACUGUACAAUAAUCAGCUUGACAGCCACAUUUGUUGGUAAUUUGUUGCACUAUGGAUCCUCACAAAGCCAUUGAACAAAUGGAGCAGUGCCUCUGUGCGUCUUAAAGUGGGAAGCAUCAGUCAAGUACUGGGUUUACAGUAGUUUAACGCACAUUUAAUCUUUCACCCCUCGAUUCUCUCUGAUCAGUGUUGCUGUAGAUUUUUUACCGAAAAGUCAAGUGAUGGCGUUGAGGGUUGAAAUGAAACUGGAAUUACCUGAUUAAACUGAUCAGAUGUUUCAUGAGAUUUCACUUAUGUGGCGACUUCCACAUGAUCAUGAAACAGGGAAAUUUGAAAGUGUCUUAUGAUACAAAGAACAACGUAUUAUUAUCAGUUUUAAACACAAGGAUGUUGUAAACCAGUUUGCUAAACACAGGAGGCUUGUGGGUUUGAAUUUGAGUAUGCAAGAGUUUACGACAUUUGUUAUGGUUGGAUAUUAAGGCAGUGCUUACCGUCUUAUUGUUCCUUGACUGGAAUGCAGCAGGUCGGUGAACAUAACAGUCUUCAGUCUUCCAGAUAACUUUCGACUGUGUCAGGCUGCACUGCGAGUGUGUGUGUGUGUGUGUGUGUGUGUGUGUGUGUG